AUGCAUGUCCUUCUCACCAAUGACGACGGGCCCUUGGACGACCGCGCCUGUCCCUACAUGAAGUACUUGGUCGAUGAGAUCAACACCAACACCAAUUGGGACUUGUCCAUCGUAGUGCCCAACCAGCAGAGAUCGUGGAUUGGAAAGGCCCAUUUUGCCGGCAAGACCUUAACCACCAGCUACAUCUACACCCAAGAGUCCACCAGCGGGUCCUCGGCUGACGGCGUCAACAAGUUUGACGGGCCGUUUAACACCCCUCAGCACCGUGGCCCCGAGUGGCAGGAAUGGUGCCUUGUCGACAGCACCCCAGCUGCGUGUGCUGACAUCGGAAUCCACCACCUCUACUCGCAGACCAAAGAGAAAGAGAUCGACUUGGUGUUGAGUGGCCCCAACUUCGGCAAGAACGCAGGCAACUUGUAUGUUUUGACCAGCGGCACUGUCGGAGCAGCCAUGGAGGCUGUCACCCACGGAAAGAAGGCCAUUGCCUUGAGCUACUCGUUCAACAGCCCCCACCACGACCACCAGGUGUUGAAGGAAGCUGCACACAUCUCCGUCAAGUUGGUCACCAAGUUGUACAACCAGCUCAAAGAGCUGAAAGACAUCGACAUCUUCUCAGUCAACGUGCCUUUGGUCAAGUCGUUGAAAUUGGGCCAGACCAAGAUCAGAUACGCUCCCAUUUUGGAAAACUACUGGAAGUCCAUCUACGCUCCCAGUGAGGAACUCAACGAACAUGGCCAGAUGCAAUUCCACUGGGCUCCAGACUUCAAGGUGGUCCACAAAAAUGGCUUGGUUGAUUUCAAGCACACCGACAGCAGGGUUUUGUUGGAAGAAGAAAUCAGCGUCACACCAUUGAAGGCCGCCUUCAAAUUUGUCGAGCCUUUGGGAGGAGAAAUCGUCUUAGAUGCUGAUGAGCCCACAACAGAGUCCCCCACAAUCGACUAUUUUUUGAUAACAGUUCCCAAGGACUCAUACAUUUAUGAACCUUGGGUUGAAGCGGCCAAAAAAAGUGGCCGCUUCCAAAUCACCUCCGAUAAGAGAGUAUUGGCUGAGUUGAAGGAAAAUUCCAAAAUAAGAGUAUUCCAUUAUGGUGAGUACGAAGAUUUGGAUCUUGAUUUGAUUGGUGAAUAUCCUAAUCAGUACUUUAUUCCAUCAUAUAUUUAUAGAAAGGCCUUAAUUAGAAAGCACUUCUUGGCCAACACCAUCCAUCAUUAUACCGUCAAAAACCCUGAUUCGGUAUUAAUAUCAGCAGCACCAGAAUCUUACCAAUUGGAAGUGGACUAUGCUGAGUUUUUGGAUGACUCUUUGGAUGAAGCCUACGAAUUGAGAGACGAAAUUAAUUCCGGUACUAAAACCUGGAUUUUGAAACCCAGUAUGAGUGACAAGGGCCAAGGUAUCAGGAUCUUCAAGACCGUUGAACAAUUACAAGCAAUUUUUGAUUCAUUUGAAGAAGAAGACAGUGAUGCUGAAGAUGAAGAUGAUGAAGGUGAUGACAAUAAUGGAGUGAUUGUUUCCCAAUUACGUCACUUCAUCGUACAAGAGUACAGAUCCAAUCCCUUGUUGUUACCAGCUUAUGAUAACAAGAAAUUCCAUUUGAGGACCUACGUAGUUGCCAGUGGUGACUUAAAGGUAUACGUUUACAAGAACAUCUUGACUUUAUUCGCCGGGUCCGCGUAUGUGGAGCCAGAAGACAAGGACGGUGAAAUCGAUAUGGCAGGACACUUGACAAACACCUGUUUGCAAGAAGAAGACUCCCCAUUGGUGGUUCCUUGGUGGGACCUCAAAGACGAUAAGCUCACUGAAGACCAAAAGCAAAGAGUUUUCGAGCAGGUGUGCUCCAUUACGGGUGAGACUUUCAAGGCUGCUUCCAGUGUCGACAAGAUAAACUUCCAACCCAUGGACAACGCCAUUGAAUUAUUUGGAAUAGACUACUUGGUGAACGACGACCUUAGUGUAACCCUACUUGAAGUCAACUCAUAUCCUGAUUUCAAACAAACUGGUGACGAAUUGAAGGGCCUUAUAUAUCGUCUUUUUGACGAGGUGGUUGACCAGAUUGUUGCCCCAUUGGUCCAGGGUACUGAAUCAAGCAAUUCCAGUUCAAACUUGGUUCCGGUUUUGGGUGCAAAUUAA